AUGUCUCGUGACGAUGUACGUGUGCUACGCCGAAAGUUUGACGACGAGGAUGGCUCACACAGUGAUACGGUGACAGUCCGUGGCUUUUUUCAUUUGAUUAAUGACGACAAAGCUUUCGAGCGCUCUCACCUGGUGACUAAAGAAUUGCUUCGCCUUGCGGGUAUCACGACUUCAGUAGCGCGGGUAACUUUUGAUCAAUUUCUCCGAGUGGUGUGCACCUUUGCGGUGUUCUCCGAUGUCCAGCUCUGGCGGUUCUUCUACGACGCAUUUUUCGCUGGAGGAAUCGACGCUGUAAACGCUCGUCGUCUCAACUCUAUCCUGGAGGCAGCGGGUGGGUCGUACGCACGCAACAUUGAAGCAGCAGCUCGGCACUUCAAAGCCAACGCAAUAUCGCCGUUAACAGGUCUGCCCUCAACUCUCACCUUUGAGGAUUUCCAGGAGCUCGUACGUCGAAACAUUGUGGUUUUCUUCCCGCUCGUACAAAUGCAACGCUCCGUUCGUGCACGAACUCUCGGUGAGAAAUAUUGGGAGAGGAAGAUGAAAGAGCAACAACUUGUGCCGCUGCUUGUCGAAUACCUCCGCAAACACGACGGACAUCUACCACGGAUGAGUUUGAAGGUUUGGGUUAUGACUGUGGUGUUGGGAGGAUAUAGUGCCAUGGCUCGCGCGCGAGCGUUAGCGCGACGUCAGUAUCUGGAAGAGUCUCGAGCUAAAGCUUAA